AUGGCAACAGAACCGGUCAAUGAGAAGUCCGUCCUUUCCUCGGAUAAAGAGUUUCAGAACAGUCUAUCUAUACCUUCAGGGCCAAUAGAUGGCGAUGUCUCUUCGCGCGUUCGAUCGUCCUUCUUCCGCAGAAGCGUGUUCCAGAUCCUAGUUGUCGGCCUAUGCGCCUUUUGCGCCCCAGGAAUCUGGAGCGCUAUGAACGGUCUUGGGGUUGGGGGUUCUCAGAGCCCUAACCUCGUAAACACCGCCAAUGCACUUCUUUACGCCUUGAUGACCGUGACUUGUUUUGCUGGACCAUGGUUAACCAACGCCAUCGGUUUCAGGUGGACACUUGCUGUUGGCUCGUUGGGGUAUCCCCUGUACGCAGCGGGACUAUAUCUCAACAAUCGCACAGGCGCAACUUGGAUGGUGUAUCUGGGUGCUGUGACCUGCGGGAUCAGUGCUGGCUUCUUUUGGAGCGUCGAAGGCGCCAUUGCCACCGGGUACCCAGAACAACACAAAAGAGGCCGUUACAUUGCGACAUGGUUCACCUUCCGGAAUUUUGGGAACAUCAUUGGUGGUGCCAUUUCACUCGCGAUGAAUCACACCACCAAUCAUCGUGGCAAAGUUGGCUACAAGACCUAUCAAGCCUUCAUCGCCAUUCAGUGCCUUGGAUUCUUCUUUGGCCUGCUGCUUUCGAAUCCAGAGAAAGUGCAGCGCGACGAUGGCACCCAAAUUCAAGCCGCGAGAGGUAUCGAUUGGAAGACCGAGCUCGCACAGAUGUGGCGUCUGGUCAGGAGCAAGUCGAUCCUCUUGCUGACGCCCUUGUUCUGGUACUUUGGAUGGAUUCAAGCAUAUCCUGGCACAUAUCUGGCAACAUACUUUACGGUCAGGUCGCGUGCGUUAGGGAGCUUCAUGUCGGCUGUUGUCGGCACGCUUGCUACCUGGCUCUGCGGUUCUCUUGUCGACCUACCAUGGUCAAAGGACCGAAAGACGCGAGCUAUCGUGACUUACAUCCUCAUAGCCAUGCUCAAUAGUGCCACUUGGAUCUGGGCGGUGAUCAUCCAGAACGAAUACCGUCAUUCAAACCCUACGUUGGACUGGGGCAAUCAAAAUACCUUUGGACGUGGUUUUGGACUGUACAUGUUCGAGCGCAUCAGUCUCGGAAUGGUCGAAAAUUAUAUCUACUGGUGCAUUAGCAAUCUUUCUGACUCUCCUGGGGACCAAAUUCGGUACAGCUCUCUCCUUCGAGGAAUUGAAACAGCAGGAGUUGCUGUAGGGUUUGGAGUGCAGGCAGUCCCGACCGCACUGAUUGCCACGGCGAGUAUCAAUUUCGGCCUCUGGUUCUUCGCACUGCCAUUUAGCUACUAUGCAGCCCUGCAAGUAGUGCGUAAGUUUCGCAAGCUUGAGCGAGAACAGCAAGAGGAAAUAGUGGAUGUUGUUCGUGAAGUUGGGAGCAAAUAG